AGCUUGGUCAGAUGUCAGAGGGGAGCCCUGUUCUGGCUUCUUUUCCUCAGCAGGACUUCCCCUUUUUGUUCAUUGAUUCCAGAGUGUCGAUGACAGUUAAUGCUUGUUCAAGUGGGGAACUGCAGCACUUCCGCUUCCCAGGGUGGGGUGCUAAGAACAGUUUCUUUCCUGAAUGCAUCUGGGCUGGCUGCUCAUCUUCUUCUUCCCCUACCUCCCAGUUUAGGGACACCUUGGUUCAACUUUCCAGGGAAUGUGGGGAUGGGGUUGGAAACAGAUGAAGCUCAGUGCCAGAUGUAAGCCUUUAUGUGACGUGGCUUCCACUGCAUCUGAAGACUGACCUCCCUGACUCAGGAGGCCUUCCAGGAACCUGAGGGUAUAUUCCUCAGGAUGUUCCAAAGGAAAUAGAAGUCAGAACCAGAGCCUCUAGCCCAUACCCCUAGUGAUGGGCCCCUCAGUACAUCAUCUUUUGGCUGGCGUGUGCAUGGCGGUGGUCUUGGGCUGGGUAGGAGGCUCAGUCCCCAACCUAGGCCCAGCUGAACAGGAACAGAACCACUACCUGGCCCAGCUGUUUGGCCAGUAUGGAGAGAAUGGGACAUUGACUGCAGGGGGCCUGGCUCGGCUUCUCCACAGCCUAGGGCUGGGCCGAGUUCAGGGGCUCCGCCUGGGUCACCAUGAGCCUCCAACUGGGCGGGCUGCACCCUCAAGUGGUGACAAUUUCACACACAGGCUGCAGGAACCGGAGCUGAGUGUGGAUGUCUGGGCAGGAAUGCCUCUGGGUCCUUCAGGUUGGGAUGACCGAGAGAAGUCAAAUGCCCCUGACCUGCCCCAUGGGCCAGGGCCCUCAGGCCUAGACCUCUUUCACAGGCUUCUGCUGCUGGACCAUUCAUUGGCUGACCAUCUGAAUGAGGAUUGUCUGAAUGGUUCCCAGCUGCUGGUCAAUUUUGGCCUGAGCCCUGUUGCUCCUCUGACCCCUCAUCAGUUUGCUCUCCUGUGCCCAGCCCUGCUUUACCAGAUUGACAGCCGUGUCUGCAUCAAAACCCCAGCUACAGCACCUCCCGGGGACAUACUGCCUGCCCUGCUUCAUAGUGCCCUGGCCGUCCUGCUGCUCAGCUUCCCUGCCCCCCUUUCCCUGCUGCUGCUGCGGCUCCUGAGACCUCGUGUAUUGCGGCCUGUGCUAAGCUUCCUGGGGGCCCUGGCCGUGGGCACUCUUUGUGGGGAUGCGCUGCUACACCUGCUGCCACAUGCACAAGGAAGGCGGCACACAGGACCUAGUGAGCAACCAGAGGAGGAUCUGGGUCCAGGGCUGUCAGUGCUUGGGGGCCUCUUCCUCCUCUUCAUGCUGGAGAACAUGCUGGGACUUGUGCGGAGGAGAGGACUCAGGCCAAGAUGCUGCAGGAGCAAAAGGGAUCUUGGAGAACCAAACCCUGACCCAGAGGAUGGCAGUGGGAUGGUCCUUCGACCCUUACAGGCAGCUUCAGAGCCAGAGUUUCAGGGCCAGAGGGAGAACAGCCCACCCCCAGCAGCUCCAGCCCUUCCUGGGCACCAAGACCACAGUCAUGAGCAGCAGGGUAGCAGUAUGGCCUGGAUGGUCCUCCUGGGAGAUGGCCUGCACAACCUCACUGAUGGGCUCGCAUUAGGUGCUGCCUUCUCUGACAGCUUCUCCAGUGGCCUCAGCACCACCCUAGCAGUCUUCUGCCAUGAGCUGCCCCAUGAACUGGGUGACUUUGCAAUGCUGCUUCAGGCAGGACUGUCCUUCCGGAGGCUGCUGCUGCUGAGCCUCGUUUCUGGAGCCCUGGGGCUGGGGGGUGCAGCCCUGGGGGUAGGGCUCAGCUUGGGCCCGGUCCCCCUCACUCCCUGGGUGUUUGGGGUCACAGCUGGGGUCUUCCUCUAUGUGGCCCUUGUGGAUAUGCUGCCUGCCCUGCUCCGUGAUCCUGAGCCCCAGCCUGUGCUCCAUGUGGUUCUGCAGGGGCUGGGGCUGCUGCUGGGAGGCAGCCUCAUGUUUACUAUAGCCUUGCUGGAGGAACAGCUCCUGCCCACAGCUCCUGAUGGCUGAUAUGGGGCCAGUGGCAAAAUAUCCAGGUUGCCCUUCCUUCCCCCCACCGCAGGAAUGGAGGCGGGACACAGGGCCAGUAGGAGCAAUAGGAUUUUAAUAAACAGAACCCAUCCCAAA